UACACAUUUUGUUUUCUCUAAAGAGAAUUCUUGUCUCUUCCUGGCAAAUUUCUAUUCAUCCUUCAAGGCACUCUUUUAAAAAGACUUGUUGGCCAGAACAUGCUGAGCGGAGUGUGCGGCCGGCUCGCCUCAGCUCUGUGGGGGACACGUACACAGCCGUCCGCGGUCACGCAGAGGUAUCUGCACGUGUUGGUGUCGUGGCCGUCCACAGACAAGAGCGAGAGGACGAGGAAACCUCUCCACGCCUUCGACCCAGCGCUGCUGGAGUUCCUGGUGUGCCCGCUCUCCAUGAAGCUGCUCAGAUAUGAAGCAUCGACAAAUGAAUUGAUUAACGAAGAGUUAGGAAUAGCCUAUCCAAUUAUUGAUGGGAUUCCUAACAUGAUACCACAGGCAGCUAGGAUGACACAUCAAAAUAAGAAGCAAGAAGAAAUGGAGCAGCAUUAGAUCAUACUUAAAAAUAACAACACACAACUAAAUUUUCUAAAUACCAUCCACCUUUUAAAAAGUCAGAGUGACGGGUAAUAAGUGGAGGAAAAGAAUG